GCUGUUUUACACAAGUCACUCAACUUGCCGCAUUCGCAAUGUGCUUAUAUAAGGUUCCCUUUUUACCACAGUAAAUCUACACAUAUAGUUUUUAAACUGCUUUAAAAUAAAAUAGCAUACUGCUAUGCUAGAGCCCUAAUGAUGAACGAAGGGCUGAGAUCAGCAUUUUUUUUCAUCGCUUUGCCUUGAUGCGGAAGUGGAACACAAGGAAGUUUGAAAGCAGAAAGUUUCACUGAAGUUAGAGGGAGGUGUUCUCUGCUUUAUGCUGGAUCUGUUUUGUGUUUGGCAGAUCCUGCGGUAGUCUCCCAGAGGUAAAGAAGUCAGUGUGAGCGAAGCAUUUACAGACUUGUAGGACCUUACUAAGUAUUUGGUUUUGGAACUGAAUAAAUAGUUUUUGCUUUUUCCUGGAGUUGCCGAGGCAACUAACUGUAAGACCAGUUGUACAGCAACCUGUGUUGUCUGGGCGCCCGGCGGGGUUGACAGGGAGGCAAACAGGCGACCGGGUUACCCGCAGCUAUGGAAAAGCCGAUUAAAGACGGACAGUUGUACGUGCAGCAGCAAAGGUUUGGCAAGAAAUGGAAGAAAAAUUGGUUUGUGCUUUACCCAGCAAGUCAGUAUGGAAUAGCUCGCUUGGAAUUCUUUGAUAGCAAAGAUGGUAGUUCCAGUGUAGAGAAGGCAAACACCAAGAAAUUGGACAAGAAGAUCAUUCGUUUGGCAGACUGCAUCAGCAUUGUUCCAGCUGUGACAGAAUCAUGUCCCAAAGAAAACAUGACUGCUUUCACCAUUGAGACAAGUGAAAAGAUAUACUGCCUUGCAGCUGAACAACAGACCAGUAUAGAAUGGGUAAACAAGCUCUGUGAAACAGCGUUCUCGACUCCUGGUGAUGCAAAGAGAACCAACUCUCCAGAUACCAUAUCACAAAAUUGUCCUUCAGAAGCAUCCCUGCAGAUGGCUGAAAAUAGCAUCUAUUUUUCAAGAGACCAAGUAAAUGAAUUUUGGGUAACGGUUCAGAAGACUGAAGCAGCAGAAAGAUGCAAUCUUCAAGGGUCCUACUUCCUCAGGGCUGACAAAGAGAGCCUUAUUCUUAAGGAUCCACGAAACAAGCAAGUCCUGUUCACUUGGCCCUACAAACUGCUUCGACGAUAUGGUCGAGACAAGGUUAUGUUCUCCUUUGAAGCUGGCAGAAGGUGUGAAACUGGAGCAGGAAACUUCACCUUUGAAACAAAGCAGGGCAAUGAAAUUUUUCUCAUUGUGGAAGCAGCUAUCCGAGAACAAAAGGCCCAGGCAGAAGAUAGGGAGAGCUGUUCGUCACUUGACUCAGAGUCAUCAGCUCUUCAACAGAUAAAAAAUGCGAUUGCAGAGUCAUUGGCUGCUUCACGCUGCACUGUAGUAAACGAGCCUAUUUCAGAGACUCCUAGUGUAGAUGGCAUAUCACAAGAUGUAUCCAGUUCAAAACCAGCUCUUCUAAACAAGCCAAGUUCAAGUAAUGGUGUGAUAGGAAAAUGGGAGCAGAGUUCUAGGAGUUCUGAAGAGAAAGAUGCUGCAAAACUGUUGAAAGUACGAAACCUGCCUGAACCUCCAGUUUCUAUUUCCAAGUCUCCCAUCAACCCAGUUUCACCACACACUCCAUUACCAAAGUUUCUUAAAGGAAGCAGUCUACAGGAAGAUCCAUCUAGUCUGUACUCUGAACCACUUGAUGCCCGAAAGGUUCCCAAGAUAAACAUAGACCCUUUAUAUUCAGACCCUGUGGAUAGUGUCACAGGAAAUAUACUAAUAAAAGGACAGAAAAUAGAAGGGAAGCCAGACAGAAAACAUCCAUUGUACUCUGACCUGUAUGAGCAAAUUGAAUAUGAUGUAGCUAAGACAGAAAUAAACAGAGGAGUUCUCAAAGGAAGGAAUCCUGAGGAACAUAUCUAUGAUGAACCAGAGAGUCGAUUACUUUUGUCUGGGGGACGACCACCACAGCCAUUACCAGCUUCCUGCCCACUGUAUGAUGAGGCAUGUUCAACUAGUGAUGCAUGGAAAAAGCAGGGGAUUGAGGAUGAAGUAGGGCAUGAAGUCCCUUACAACCCUAGCACUGAUGACUACUCAGUUCCUUCACAGAUCAAAUCAGUGGAGACCCAGCAUGUUAAGCAGAAGGGGCCUAAACCUCUUCCUCUUCCAAAACCACAAGGGUCACAUUUGUUAGCCAAAAGCCUAGAGGUCAAGGAACCCCCUGAGAGAGCUGCCAGUAAAGUAAACUUUAACAAUUGCAAUAACAGUGAGUUAUACAGUACCGUUAUUAAACCAGGAAAAGUUCCAUCUGCAACAAUCUCAAAAUUUAAGACUUCUUCCAACAAUGGAGUUAAUGACCUUCUCAAGUCCAAGACAGUAUAUGAAGACCUUGGAGAGCUCUGAGCCUGAAAUAUACUCUAUUUGCCAUGCGCAUCAUGUCUGGAGACAGAAGUCAAAGCAGUAGUGUUUCUUGAUGCAGGCAGACUCUCUCAGUGGGAAUCAGGAUAGUCAAUCGUCUGUAACCUCUGAUUUUCCCAAACUCUGGAACUCCUGCUUUAAUGUUCUUCUGCAGAUGAUCAAAUCUAAACUGUUGUUGAAGGGGAAAUACAGAGGGCAUCAUAUUAGCGUACUUAGAGCAUUUCAUCUGAGACCAUUGCAAUGUUUUUGCAUCCCUUUUGAUGUGUGCUGAAACUACUUGAAUAAUGGAGUCCUGCCAUGUACUGGGUUUUCUGGAGUACUCUCCUGAAAUGGCUGGUAGCUCUUAUGACUGCAAUAAAAUUAUUCUUUUAAGAGGUUCUUGAGAAGCAACUUUUUUGAAGAACAUAUGAGAUGUUCUUUUUAUGUCUUUGUAUAGUUUUAAGAGAUGUCUUUUAUUAGAAAUUUUCCUGUUGAACUAGGGCAUCAGGCAGCAGAGUUUCACCUUUUGAAGUGUACAAGAAAAUGGAUGUAUUUCACAUUUACUAAUUUUUUUUUCCUUUUUGCAGUGACAGGUCUGUUGCUUUGAUUUCUGACUUCCCCAGUCAGUAUAAUUUUACAUGUACAAAAAUACAUAUAUAGUCUGUUUUCCCUGGACAUGUGUUCCGUCCUUCUGAAUUUGUUUAAUUGAAAACAGAGGGUAUGGAUUCAAUGUUAAUAGGGUAAAUUUGCAACCUUUUAAAGUUAUCCUGUAUUUUUUUCACUUUUUAACCCUAGAUUAUGCCGCCAGAUUUCACUGUCAGUUUGUGCAAGACAGGAUGCUUGCACAAAAUAAAUAGUAAAAAUACCAUUAACAGAUGUAUUCACUCACUCUUCAGGUACAGAAGUGAUUGCCCCUUUUUCACUUGGCCAGGAAUCAGUAGCUAAAGACAGGUGGCAGAGCUUCUUGUCAAGUUCUGCACAAAAGCAUUUGAAGUGACAUGUUUGCCUUUAUUAAAAGAAGAGAUAUGCAGACAUUUUUUUCUUAUGGAAUGUUCCCUUUCAGAUGGAAUGUCCUAACAAUACUUUUUUUCUUAGUGUAAAAAUACAAAAUGUUAUGGUACUAAAAAUAUUAGUUUACUUCUAUUUCUGGAUAAAAAAAUGUUAAACUACAGUCUAGUCUAACAUACUGUCAUCAGAUUCUUAAUGUGCAUUAUAUUGCUAAUCCAAGACAAACAAUCUGUUUAGCAGUUGUCUGUACCCCAGCCUGUUAACUUUUAUAAACAACAAAAUAGUCCAAUUUACAUAUAUUACAACAAACCACAUGUGUUGUGAGUAGAUGUUAAUUUUGUGAUUAUAUAAGGGAACUGUUAUGUUUUUUCUAUCAGAUUUUUUGGUUUGCUGGUUGUGAAAGUCUGCUCCAUAGGUAGCAAUCUUACUAGAGGAUUACAGUCUUUCCAGUAACUUUAAUUCAUUACUGCUUUGCUUACAACAGCUAAUGAAGCUAAAUGCAUGAGGUACUACUAGUUGUUGGCAUACCAUGUGCUGUCUUCACUACUGACCCAGAAAUAUCUGAUGUAUUCCAACAUCUCAGCAAUGCAUUCUUCCCAUCUGACAACAGGGUGCAUGUGUGAUGGGUUGCAUUGGUGUUAAUUGUAGUGGGGAGUGGAAGGUCUGUGUCAUUGUUGAACAGCACAUUAACUAAACAGGAAGCUAGCAUAAAGAAUGGUAAUAGAUCCAGAAUGGAUCAAUUGAGCAAAAAAAGGCAUUUCUUAGGUUAGGAAACUUGCAAAAGCAAAAUGACAUAUUAGUUGUUCAUAGUACAUCAACAUCUGUUCCCAUACAAUGGUGGCACAGUCAAGUGACCUAGACUAUUUGGUAAUGGCGUGGUAGUGACAGGUUGAAGAGACAACCACCUGGAUCCCUUUCUGUAUGAGGAAGACAGGCAGUCCUGCAUCAUUAUUGUAUAUGAGACAUGAAGGACAGUGGUGGGCCAUCUGACUGAUGUACAAGGUUCGGUAUGCUGUCAGAGCAGUGCAAAAUGUUGAAAAUUAGAAGGUGGGGGUCUGUUUGACACUGGACCCCGAGACCAGAUAGUUGUGCUGAUGACUGCAGACAUGCCAGAUCUCCGUGCCCUGACAUAAAUUGCAUAGUUCGUGUUUUAGUCUGGAAAAGUAAUUAACUUACAGAUGCCUUAAAUUGUGCACAACUGCUGAUUUGGUGAUAGUAAGAAGAAUUUGUAGUCCACUAUUAAGUUUGGAACUAGAUAGCAGAGUAAUGAACUAAUAAGAGGAAAAACAGCAGACAAUGUCUUAUUACAAUUAGAUGGGAAGCACAAGAAAACAGUAACAUCCUUUUAGUCAAGAUCAUUUUUAAUUUCUAGGUACUCACUACUUUGUCCUUUUAAUCAGAAAUGUUUUAUGUUGUCAUUUUAAGUAGGAUUACAUUUGCUUUUUUCUUGAGUUUGGUUUUAAAGUAAAGCACUGGGUACUUUGUUUUGAAGGAAUUGGUGCACAUUGGUGUGUUAUACACUGUUGAUGGAGUUAGCCAUUUACAGUUCUGUAUUCUUAACAAAAGCUUAAAUAAAUAUCUGCUGUUUGCAUAAUUUAAUGAAAA